AUGGUGGCAACCGAUUCGGGCACUUCAAAUCCCGAUGGUGUGGCAGUAGAGGCGGAGAGGGAGCGUGCACUCGCGGCCGUCGUAAUGUUCAAGAAGUUUAACCCGCCAAUGUUCGACGGGAAAAAGAUUGAACCGUGGAUGGUGGAGUCGUGGAUCGACUCGAUGGAGACACUCUUCAAGGAUCUCUAUACUUUGGAGAAAGAUAAGGUGCACCUCGCCACGCACUGUUUGGAGAAGUCGGCGAAAGUGUGGUGGAAGAGGGUUAAGCGGAACCAAGCUUCUAACCUUUCGUCCAUAGUUUGGAAGGAAUUUUGGGGAUUAAUGUUUUCUAAUUAUUUCCCCGAUAGUGAGAAGAAGAAGGUUCAGAAUCAAUUUCGGAAGCUAAGACAAGGAAAUCACUCAGUGGGAGAAUACGAGCGGGAGUUUUCUCAAAUUAUCGACUGUGUCCCUGAUGUAGUUUGGGACGACAAGGAUAGGACCGAUUGGUUCGAGCGUGGACUUCGGCCGAAAAUUUACAAGGUGGUGCGUAUCCUCAAACUCACGACUUUUGCGGAGGUGUUGGAUCAGGCAUUGUGGGUAGAGCACGGCAAUGCCUAUGUGCGUGUGGAGUGCGAGUCUUUUGAAAAGGAAAGAGACAAAGGAAAGAAGUAG